CAGCUCUAGGGCGAAGCACUACAAUAUCUGCUCUAGACCACAGGCUAUGCAACUCAUCCUCGUUGGUUGAUUUGCAUAUCUCGAGCUAACGAUGCCAGCCAUCGAUGUAAAUGGUAUUCCUGCAUCAGAAGUGCGACCUUAUCAUGUUCUUGUAACUGGUUUUGGUCCGUUCUCUCGCUAUGCGGUCAACCCAUCAUGGCUGGCCGUCAAGCCGCUUCACAACACCGUUUUGACCGUCGAUUCACCUGAUGAAACCACUAUAAUUGAUGAUCAAAACCCCACGGUCGAAGCAAAUAGCUUUACCCAGGACACACGCGACAUUUAUCUAUCUACCCUUCAAGUCCCCGUAACAUACGAAGAUGUUCUUGCCAUUGUACCCGGACUGCACGCGCGACCACCUGUUCUUCCUCCUUCUGCAGAUCCUGACCUCCCAGACACCAUUUUGCCAGCAGAUGGAUUCGAUCUCAUCUUUCACGUAGGCGUCGCUGGGAGAGGACCAUUGCGAAUGGAGAGGGUUGGACAUAAGUUUGGUUACAACAUGAAGGAUGCCACUGGUAGUCAUGCGCCGGUCGUACGCGUGACACGGGAGGAAAACUCUAAUUCCAAUCGCGGACAAUCAGAACCUUCGGAGAUGGAGAGGAUGGAAAGAGCACGUUUAAGUGAAUACCUCAUUGAACCACCUGUUGAUGGUACAGAACCACCUAAGCGUGGGUUUGGAAAGGGAUACGAGCCGUUUCCCGAGGAGAUUUUCACAGACAUUGAUGUCGAGAAGCUUGUGCAUCACCUCAAAAAGUCGGGCAUCGAGCAAAUAUAUUCGUCCCUGGACGCAGGACACUACCUUUGCGACUUCAUCUAUUACUGCUCACUAGCCGAGAGUAAACGAGCAAGCGGAAAGGCUGAUAAGUCGACCACUAAAGUCAUUUUCCUCCAUUGUCCACCUGUUGAUCAGCCUCUGAGCACAGAAGAGGUAACGGAAGCCAUCAAGAAAUCCGUCAUCUGGUUGUGUGGGAAUGCAGCAAAGUCCGUGAUUCCAUCUACAUAAUUAGCAUACCGUGACAGCAGUAGCAGGGAGCUCGGCAACGUUACAUAGCUGACAUGGGACUUUGGAGUACUAUGUAAGUACCGAGGAUAUACACGAUCUCUGGGUGCAUCUUGAAUAUAUGUAGAAUGUAGAAAGUAAACACUGAACAGGGGUGUUGUUCACAAUUAGAAAUCUUGAUUUCAUGAUA